GUGGUCUCGCCAAAGACAUCAAAGACAUCGUGGGGAACAGUCAUCCAGUAGCUGCUGACCAGUGGAGACUGAGAAUAGAAAAGGAAGCCAGGCCUGUCAACAACUGUCAUUCCGUCAGUGUCAUUCGGCUGAUCAGCUACUACGCUCGAGUUCAAGAGAAAUCAAGAUGCUGUGGAUAUCGUUGGUACUGUUCGUGGCCGGAAGUGCAUUGGCACAGGUGCCGUUUUUGGGCGUGUGUCCCAAUAUGGAAAUCAUGAUGAACUUCGAAGUUGAAAAAUAUGUGGGCAAAUGGUACGAGGCCGAAAGGUACUUUGCACUUUUUGAAUUUGGCGGCAAGUGUGUCACUGCCAAUUAUAAUCUGAGUGAGAAUGGAUCUGUGCAAAUCAUGAACAAGCAGAUUUCAGCGCUAACUGGCGUCGCAUCCAGUAUCGAAGGUAUUGCCAGACUGAUUGGCAGAUCUGAUGAUCCAAAAUUGACAGUGACCUUCCCGUCGCUUCCACUUCCGGUCGACGCUCCAUAUUGGAUCCUUGAUACCGAUUACAAAAGCUAUGCCGUUGUUUGGAGCUGCACGAACUUUGGUGUAUUCAGUAUAAGAAACGCCUGGAUUUUGACGAGAGAGCCAAGGCCUCCCGUUGCCGUUCUUGAAAAAGCUUAUCAAGUCAUUGAUCGGAAUAAUAUCAGCAGAGCUUACUUCAUUCGCACCGAUCAAAAGAAUUGUCCGGCUACGUAUUAAUCGGAUAAUAAUUCCGUGUGACCUGUUUGUUACUAAGAUUAGCCUUACUGGUAAAAUCAUUACGUGCAUGAUAAUGAUCUCAGGUAACCAAAAUAUUCCAUCGUAUUUGGUAGCUGUUCAUUUUUUUCUUUUUUAUUGAUGAAAUUUAAUUGUAAGUAUACAGCGGACUGGUAGAAUUUGUAACUAAGACUCGAGAUAUGCCAUUAAUCGUCACGCUCGUGACAAUUUACACGGUAGAAAUUAGAUAUUAAGUAUUUAUCGACUCCCUUCAACGUGCCUUGUAUUUAUUUAUUCAAUAAAUAUUUUGUAUAGAUAAAAUCCUGAUGUCUGCGA